CAUCAGCGAUGCUCAAUGAUAUCAACCUGAAUUUUCUCACCAAACAACGACUUUAAACCAAAUCAACACCCUUAUCGAACUGAAAAGCUGCCACUCGUGUGCCGUUCAGAACCGUACCGCAUUCGACGUCCCUCGUUUUCAACCACGCUUCCUUCACCUUCCCAGCCCAGCUCGUCGUCCGCUUCUUCUUCACUCGCCAGUCAUAAAGCUCAUGGAAUGCGACGGAAAAGAAUCUCGUAUCAUUAUUCGAGCCCGGGUAACAGAUAUACCAGGGGACUCAUGUCGCCGCCCGAUCACCCUUGGGGAGAUAUUCUGCACAGAGAUUCUUGGGAGGUCCUUCAAUACAAAAGUAACAGCGUCAAAAUUUGAUGCUGUUCAUAUUCCACAUGGGUUUGAUUCUGAUAAACCAGUCAAGCGGUGGUUUAUCUACGAUCUCAACGUUGCAUGCAACCUAGAAGAGCAGGAGCUACUAGCAAGAAUUCCACACCAUGUCUACCAAGCUAGCUUGGUAGAUAAUCAAUGGAUAUUUGUUAAGCGCGAUGCUUGGCUUCCUAACGCGAAGAGUUACUGCGCAAUGUUCUGCUGGGGGGGUCGAAGAGAACAAGAGAUUGCAGAAGCACUAAGAAAGAAAGAAACAGGUUUCAUUGCAAGCGCAUCAACUAUCAAUUCAUGACUCUUAAGUUUGCGCAAUUGUUCCUAAGGUGUCUCUGGUGGAGUCUCUCCUCUGCAUGCUGGGCAGUCCCUAUUUAGCUCAUCCUCUUGCACCACAUGCGCAACCUGACGUUGAGCAGGAGGGCACGUAGUAUUAGCGUUUAUAGCAUGUUGGCAUCUCGCAAUAUGUUUGAAAGCAAGACCGUUAGGAUUAUUAAUUAGGUCUGUGUGUCUCGGCGCACAUCGAAAAAUCGCAUUGACAUCGUCGCACAU